AUGAGACUGGGUGGCAGAUCACGGUUUGCCGAUCAAGGCUUGUUGCCGCUGAUCGCAGUACUUGCCCUGACGAUCUUCUGGGUUCCAGUGUGGGCUGAUCAUGCUCAAAUCCAUCACAAUCAUCUUCAUCAUAGUCAUCUCCAUCAUAAGCGUGGCAAUGCGAGCGCAACCGGUCAUGGCAAUGCGCUCGAAAUGGUACAAAAUGCACUUGCGGUCUUGAAAGAAGUCAACAAAGAUCGAACGGAGAAUCCCAAUUUCAACAAAGAUACCUUUUCUGAAUCCCGCAAGGGCGCAAGGGCAACUGCUAAGCCUUUGGACUACAGCCCCGAGUCUGUGAAGACUGCCCAUCUUCAAACAAGAGACUCUUCAUCGAAUAAAACGAGCGGAAACAGUCCUUACGUGAUUCCACCUGAGCUGGCUAAGGCUGCUCGCAUUGUCGCUGAAUCCACCGUCAACAAACCGACCGGUGAUCAGCCUCAGGUUGCAGCUAAUAUUCGAGAGAAGUACGGCAAAGGCCGCAGACACUCCAAUACACCCGCCCAGGCCCUGGUUAGACCAAAUGGACUCUAUGGCUACAGUGCAUUUGAAAGUGGUGAUGAGACUGGUGACAUAAGUGACAACAAGACUGCCAAAGCGACGCUCAACAAGCGUGAUGAUGCUUCCGAGUACUGGAUGGCCACAGUGGACCAGACAGGUCAAAGUCCAUUCGCACCCAGCGGCUACAAGGUUUGGAGAAAUGUCAAAGACUAUGGCGCUGUUGGUGACGGAGUCACAGACGACACAGCGGCCAUCAACCGUGCUAUCUCCGAGGGAGGAAGAUGUGGCCCUGACUGCGGCUCCAGCACCAUCUAUCCUGCUACAGUUUGGUUCCCCAAAGGCACCUACCUUGUCAGCUCUCCGUUGAUUCAAUACUAUAAUACGGAGUUCCUGGGAGACCCGAUCAAUGUGCCAACUAUCCUGGCAGCCUCGAGCUUCGUCGGUCUGGGUGUCAUCACUUCCGAUGUCUAUGUCAGUGAUGACGAGCAGUGGUAUGUCAAUCAAAACAAUUUCCUGCGCAGUGUGAGGAAUUUCAAGAUCGACAUUCGUCAAACGGACACCUCGGCCUAUAUUUGUGCCAUUCACUGGCAGGUUGCUCAGGGAACCUCUCUGGAGAACAUCGAGUUCUACAUGGUGUAUAACUCGGAUGUUCCGAGCAAUACACAGCAGGGAAUUUAUAUGGAGAACGGCUCGGGUGGUUUCCUCGCAGACCUCACCUUUGUGGGAGGCAACUUUGGUGCAUACUUUGGAAACCAACAAUUCACUUCAAGCCAGCUUGUCUUUGUCCAGUGUAAUACAGCCCUUCAGGUUCACUGGGACUGGGCAUGGACUAUGCAGGACUAUGUCAUUGAGUCUUGUACAAAUGGUUUGACCAUCGUCGGAGGGGCUGGCGGCGCCCAGGGCACCGGUCAAGGUGUUGGCUCUCUCGUUUUGGCCGAUGCCAUCAUUGCAAACACGCCAAAUGGUAUCAUCACGUCUCUCUAUGCCGAAAACUCGACAUCCCUGCUUUUGAAAAACGUCGGCUUUUUCAAUGUCAAAACAGCCAUCACAGAUGACGUCAAAGGCCAAGUUCUUCUAGCAGGUGGUGAUGAGGUUCUCAAGGAUGCCUGGGGAUUCGGGAGGGUCACCAACGCCGAAGGCACAGGAUCCUUUGUGUCUGGUGCAGACAUCACUACCGGAUCCAUGAACAAGAAGCUGCUUGGAACCCAAGCUUACGUCAAGUCUAAUCUUUUUACCCGCCGACGACCUCAAUAUGAGGAUGUUAAGGCAAGUGAUAUUAUCAAUGUUCAAACUUUCGGCGCAAAGGGUGAUGGCAGUACUGAUGACACCGUUAUACUCAACUCUGUCCUCUCCUACGCCGCCAACCUUUCUUCGAUUGUCUACUUCCCCUUCGGAGUAUACAUGAUUCAGGAUACACUGAAGGUUCCCGUCGGCUCCCGCAUCAUCGGACAAGCUUGGUCUCAAAUCAUGGCAACAGGAAAAAAAUUUGAGGAUAUUGACAAUCCGCAUGUGGCUGUCCAGGUGGGAGUUGAGGACGAUGUUGGUAUUGUUGAGAUUCAGGACAUGCUUUUCACUGUUUCGGGCCCCACUGCUGGCGCAAUUCUCGUGCAGUGGAACGUUGCCGAGUCCGUCCAAGGAUCAGCUGCAAUGUGGGACUCUCAUAUUCGUAUUGGCGGAGCCAUUGGAUCCAAACUACAGAAGUCCGAAUGUCCUAAUCAGUCAGGCAAAGUCAAACCUGCUUGCGUCGCGGCAUCUCUUCUCCUUCAUCUCACACCUUCGUCCAACGCCUAUCUCGAGAACAUCUGGGUUUGGGUCGCAGAUCACGAUAUGGAUGUGACUACCCAAGAUCAAAUCGAUGUUUUUGCAGGCCGUGGUAUUCUAAUUGAGAGUAAGCUCGCGUGGCUAUAUGGCACGGCCUCGGAGCAUUGCACACUUUAUCAGUAUCAGCUUUCUGGUGCAAGCAACAUUCUCAUGGGAAUGAUUCAAACAGAGUCACCAUACUACCAACCUGUUCCCCAGGCUCCUAGUCCAUUCACACCGGGCUCAUUCCCCAAUGACCCAUUAUUCAAGAAUUGUGAUUCAAGCUCUGCUGCAUGUGCCUUUUCUUGGGCUGUGCGUAUCAUAGAUUCAACUUCUAUCUGGGUUUUGGGUAGCGGUCUGUACAGUUGGUAUUCAGAUUAUUCUCAAAAAUGUCUCGAUACAAAGGAUUGCCAGCAACGCGGGUUCGAGAUUGAGCAAAGUCAUGAUCUUUGGAUUUACAACCUCUGUACCAGGGCAAUUGUGGAAAUGGUCACCCCCUUCCAAGGUGUGCCGACAUACGCCAAGGACAAUGUCAACGGGCUUCUUUCUUCAAUUCUCGUCUGGAUUGGUGGUUUGGAUACGACUAUUGGCCAGCGUAAAUUCGACGGCUUUUCUAUCUACAGUUCUGACAGCCUGGAGAAGAUUGAUCUUCCGGACACUUGCAAAACUUCACUGACAGCAAAUAUCAAGUGUGAAACAUACCUUGAGAGCAUGAUGUCUCGCAAAUGGCAUGGCUCGUUGAACAAUGACACCCUGACGGACCUUGUCUGCGACACUAGCUGCGGCGAGAGCCUGAGUGAGUGGUUCGGGGCUGUGCAAACUAACUGCGGCGGAUAUAACAUCAGCGGCUCUCCUCCAGAGCUGUAUGGUGGCCGUAUCUGGGCCGGUUACAAUGAAACUUGCAGCAAAGAUAAAGCCACAGACAAAUACUGCAAUGACGUUAUCAGUGAUUUCACUUUGGUUCAAAGCACCGCGGAUAUGCCUAAAAACGAAGCUUGCUCUUACUGCUACACAACUCGUCUCCAGAUGAUGCAACAGACGCCUUACUCGAUGUACGACGACUAUUAUCAAGAGGUCCUAGUAGAACUGAAUAGCCGAUGCGGCCUCUCCGGUCCUACCGACAUCCUUGAAAUUACCUGGGGGACCAUCGAGGAGGAAGACGAGUUCUGUCUCUCGGAGAACUACUACACAACAGUCGAAGGAGACAACUGCACAUCCAUCGCAGCGGCAAACAAGGUCUCAUCCGCGUCACUCUACAUGGGUAACCAGGAGAAAAUUGUGGAUUGCUUCUCCAUGAAAGCAGGGCUCAAGCUUUGUCUUCCUUUGACUUGCGAAGACACAUACUCCCUCGAGCCAACAAACAAUUGCACCACAAUCGAGUACUCUUACUCGCUUUCAACUGGGGAUCUCCGCAAAUACAACCCUUGGAUCUCCUUCGACUGUGACAAUCUGCAAAUUGCCAGCAAGAUUUACGGCAUGAAUCUUUGUCUAUCGGCACCCGGUGGUGCGCACUCCAGUGGAACGGCCGGUACAGGGUCAACUACUCCCAGCAAAUCAAAUGGGUAUAGCGAGGCCUGGGCUGCCCCGCCGACGAACGCGACUGUGGCCGAGGGAACAACCCUCAAUUGUGGAAGAUGGCAUGAGGCUGCUGCCAAUGAAACCUGUGUUGGAAUUUGUGCCCAGGAAAGUAUCACACAUGCUUUGUUCGUGGCCGUCAACCCGUCACUUGAUGAUUCUCGAUGCUCGGAGACGUUGCAAACGGGCAAGACUUACUGUGCUGGUCCGUUGUACUUGUGGGAUGAUGAUACGGAGACUUCUACUAGUAGUAGUGCCAGUGAAUCGGCUUCAUCAACUUCGGCUGUUUAG